UUUAUAAAAAAAUAUCAAAACAAUAUCAAAGAAAGCAUUUAAAAUUUAAUAGAAAGUUUUUAUAUCGAACCCAUUGUUUAUUUAUUUAUUGUGUUUAUUUUUAAUUACUUGUGUAUAUAUUACAUAUGUAUGUGAAAUAGAAAUUGUGUUAAUCUUAACAAGUAUUGAAAUGUGUGAUAUACUGGAAUCUCUGAAAGGAGAAUUGAAUGAAAUUGAAAAUGAUCUCAUUAUGUCUAAUAAAGAAGUUUCGGAAGUCUAUGUGGAAAAUAAUGAGCCAACCCUGCUGAAUAUGCCAGUUGAGAUUAUUCUUAACAUAUGUUCAUAUCUGGACCCACAUUUUUUAAGAACCACACUAAGUAAGGUUUGUAGACGUUUUGAAGAUAUAUUAGCUGAUGAUCAUCUUUGGAAAAACUGGAUUCAUAGUAAAAUUAAAGGUGCCUAUCCUCCUUUACCUUAUUUGAAAUUAUGGGAUGAAACAGAUCUGGAUUGGGAGGAGGUCUGUGUUGAAAUGGAUGUAGAAAGAAAGAAAUGGUCAAAUGUCAAAGAAACUAUGAAGCACAUAGUUGUAAGGGAUGUACAUUUUGCUUCUGUUGAUACUGUGUUACUAGUUAAUAAGGGUGAAAUAUGUAUAUCAGGUGGUAGAGAUCGUGGUAUGGCACUCUGGAGUGUUCAAGAUAUAAAAGCUCAUCGUUAUUAUGACAAUUCUACAGCAAUUACAGAUGCCAAACCAAGGCAAAUAAAAUAUGAUGCACAUUUGGGUUGGGUGUGGGACUUAGCACCAGAUAAUAUUGAUUCUGCUAGCAUAAUUUAUUCAGCAUCAUGGGACAACACUGUUAAAGCUUGGGACUUACACUCUGGAUUUGAAUGUGUACAGACUUUUCAGUGUGGCAUGUCAGCUUUGUCAGUCGUAACUAUAGACAAAAUAGUAAUGGCCGGUUUAUAUUCUAAAAAAGUGCUCUCUUUCGAUAUGCGAGCUGGUCCUAGUCCAGUAGGUUGCUAUAAACCACAUAGAGGUCCUAUUUUAGCACUAUGUGCUUAUAAUAACAUGAUUGCAUCUGUUAGUGAAGAUAAAACAUUAGCAGUUUGGGAUAGAAUUGCUGGAAAGCUUUUAGCGCAUGAUGUCAAGAUACCUACAGACAAAGGAUACCCUGUUUGUAUUAGUUGGUGUCCGACAGCUUUAUACAUUGGUGAUUCAAAAGGUUCUCUGCACCUAAUCAAUCCUGAAGAUCAUACGUAUGUGAAAUCGCACGAAAUAUGGCCUGAGCCGCCCAUUAUCAAGCCGUCUAGUAAAAUAACUAGUUGUUAUCAAAAUCAAGGAACUAUGAUUGUAUGUUCAGAUAGAGGAGAAAUAAAAUUUUUAUAUAAUUGUUACCCUCCAGAAGAAUUUUCCAAUGUGGAGACCAGUACAUGUGAUGUGACUCAGUUACGAUAUUUGAACGAGGUGCUAGUGACGGGAACCUGUGAUUCAGCCAUUGAAUUUUGGAUUCCUAGUGAGCGGUAUCAAGACACAUAGUUUAUUGCAGAUUUGCCUUAUUGAUCUUAAAGAUUAAAUAGUUCAUAGUCUGCUGAUAUGGAAACAUGACUUCUAACUACAGUUAAAAUAACUAACUAGAGGUAUAUCUUUGUUAUAUAAUGUUAUAAUUACGUCGCUUUUCCUUAACUUAUUACAUUAUAUGCUUUUAUUAAAUGCUAUUGAAAUACUGAAGCAAACUGAAAUAGCAGCAA